AUGGCGUUUAAAGAACCCAUGCACAAAAUCUUGGAGUGGAUCAAGAACGAGUCAUUCUUCAGGUGGCCAAACAAAAUGGGGGACGACCCGUCUCAAAGGAACCAAAACCUAUACUGCACAUAUCACAGAGACAAAGGACACACCACCGAGCAGUGUCGGGUAUUAAAAGAUCAUCUCGGGCAGCUAGUAAAGGCAGGGUACCUGAAAGAGUUUGUAGUAGACUCCACUGACCGAGAAGCCGGACAGGGCAUCCAACAGAAAAGGAACCCCCUCCCGCCUCCAUUGGGGGUAAUCGAAGUCAUCCAUGCUGCACUAAGAGGAACGGCAGCAACAAAAAGGGUAUUAACAGUGGCUUGCACGGGAGGAGAUUCAGCCGAGAAGAAGCAGAAAGUUGAACGUCUAACCAUCUUGUUCGGAGAGGACGAUUUGGAAGGAACGGUUCAACCUCAUGACGAUGCUUUGGUGGUAACGGCCCGGAUAGGCAGGUUCCUAGUGAAGAGGGUAAUGAUCGACCAAGGGAGCGGGGUUGACGUCAUGUACCCGGACCUCUUCGAAGGGUUCGGAUUGAAGACCCAGGAUUUGGCGAAAUAUGACACGCCGCUGGUCUCAUUUGACGGGAGAGUCGUAAUUCCCGAGGGACAAAUCUCUCUCACGGUGGACAUGGAAGGUACAAGCAUGAAUGACCGGGAAAUGGUAGAGAUGUUGUUCCUUUUGCAGAAUGUAGAUGUUUUCGCAUGGAACCCAUAUGAAGUGCCCAGCGUAGAUCCUGAGUUCAUUGUCCACAAACUCAACGUGGACCCAUCAUUUCCCCCGAAGAAGUAG